AUGGCUGCGGGUCAACACCGGCAGCGACACGCGAUUCCCAGUGGCGCGCGACGGGAGAAAAAUUCAGGAGGGGGGAUACUCACCAGAGACCAGCGUGGCCGGUACCACGGCUGGAGCAGGAGCCAGAUCAAAGAGAGCAGGAUUCGUGAGGUGGACUCGCGAUGGAUGGGAAUUAUCUCGCGAUGUGCGGCAAAACUGGGGGGCAGAGGGAGGGCGGUCUGGCAGUUGGCAGAGGCCGACGAAGACGGGAGUCUCACCGCACACAAGGCGGUGAUGGGGGAAAAAGGCGGUGAUGAGUCGACGAAAGGCGGUGUUGGCGGUGAUGGCGGCGAUGGAAGAUGA